AUGGACGAAAGAAUUAAGGAAAAAUUAAUCAAGCCGAAAAUCAAGCCUUCAACAAGUAGGUCUACAAUUUCUGCAAACGCACCGACGAAAACAGUGAAAGUAGUAGUAAAUCCCCUGGAAACCGAUCCCUAUGAUGAGCUUCCAACUGUUAUUGAAUUGCCCCCUGUUAUACCACCGCAUCCAAACAAAAUGGACCAGUCCUUAUAUGCAAAUUUCUACGAGAAUUAUCCAACCGGAGGUGCAUCCGAGGGUCGAAAUGGGUCUCCUCUCUCCCGACAGCCUUCCACCUCCCCUCGACCCACUUCGCCUAAAAUGGAAGAAAUUCCAGGAAAGACAGUCUCCCUUCUCAAAUCCACCUCGAUGAAUGCAAACCCUACCUUGACAGCUAGACAAACUUCUCCGGAUUUAAAUAACAAAAACAAUCAGGAUCACUCACUCACUGACACCAUUCCACGACUAACAGUAAAACGAACUGAUUUGAGCUCAUCAGCUCAGCCUAGUAAACCCUCAGUUCGCUUUGUGGAUCCAAUGCCAAUGGAGACCGCAGAGAGCACUCAAUUGCGAGAUUUUCCCUCCACAUCGAAAUCAAAUCCAGUUCAGGGAGUCAAUGAAAGUACCCUUCAAGAUUCCCUGCCCCAAACGCGCUCGUUGUCUGGUAAUCAGACGGACCAACAUCACACUACAGGACCUAAGAGCCCUCUCGAAUCACCUGUAAAUUUAGACAAUGGUCCUGAGCCAAGUUUCCUAACUACCCAUUUUCCACUUCGAUUAACUCGAUCAACCUCAACACCUUUUAAUCUACGACAAAUCCGUCCAGCCACAUCAUUUUCUAGCUGGCAGCAGACUCAAUCACGAAUUGAGCUCCUGAUUACGGAAGCGUUAGCUUCAAUGGAGCGCUUUGAAAAAGGUGGUUCCACUCAAGCGUUACACCAAAAGAUGCGAAAUUUUGAACAGGGUCUUUCAGCAGAAUUAUCGCAUUUAGAUCGGCUGUGCGAUGCUUUUAGCAGUGGUGAUUCAAGUAUUAGUAAUUUUGUCCAGCAAGAACGUGGAAAAAUCAAUAAGGAACGAGAUGGUCCACUUAUGAAUGCACUUCAACGCCUAAGAGAGCCGAAUCCUGAAAAGGGAUUUCAGCAAUUGACCACUUCUUUGGAAAAGAUUUCAACCUCUACUCAAGCUAUUACUGAUACUGUUCAAUUAAAUUGGUUCGACUCCACAGAUAGCGAACAAUCUAAAAAAGGAUCUAACUUGGACGACUGUUUUGGAUCUUUAUCAAUAAGUGAUCGAGAAGAUAGCAUAACAAAUAGCCUUGAUUCAAACGAUCCAACAGAUCUUGCGGGACUUCUCCAUGUCUAUGCUGCUCAAUUUCAUUCGCACUGCCUCCUAGUUCGUGGAACAGCAGAAGAAUUCUUUAGGGGUUUAGAUACCAAGGUGGAUAAAUCACGAAAUAUUAGGGGCUAUCAUCUACCCGCGGCAGGAGUUUUAAUAGCAAAUGCAAAAUUUCUACUCCGCUGCUCCAGUCAGUUGGUCAGUUUGGCAGCAAAUCUUUCUUCAGCUCUUCAGCAUUUAUCACCCUCAGAAACCUCUAAUUCUGCUGAGGAGGUAGAACGAUUAAGAAGUGACUUAGAAACGCAUGGAAACGCUGUUUGCGAAUCUCUGAAGGGCCUAAUUGCACAAACAAAGGAUGUGGCUGGAUGUUUAUCCUCACCAAACAUGAGUUUACCCACCACGGCAAUGAAUGUUGCCUCAAAACCAGUUGUAAUACUUGGACCAGAGAUGGAACGAUUAGUUGGUGCUGUUCAAGAUGUUGUAGCUGCAACAGAGGCCCUAAGACAUACCAUUUCAAACUCCCCAGUUCUGCGCAACUGUGCCAGUUCACAUGAUUGA